CUUUAUCAAGGGUAUUUUGGUAAAAGUAGUGCCCGCCCGGACUUGGGUGUUACACACUUAUUGCCACCUCUUUCGCCCGAUGUUUGGAGCAAAACAGGGUGGACACCAUGCAUAUGGGGGCCUCAUCACGAGACUGGUCCGCCACUUUCAGGUGGAUCUGGAGCGGUGCUCCAUCGUGGGACGGACAGAGUCGUUCCCACUGUCAACUCUCUACAACCAGAAGCUAGUGCUUCAGGGGGAGCGGGGAGUGGAGUACCUUGAGGGGCUUCGACCCUCAGAAGUCAUGAGACCAGUGGUUGACCCGGCUCCACAGGAGCAAGAUGCAGAGGUACCACCUCCAGAGCAGCCAGCUCGAGCUCCCGGCCGCCGCCGGCGUCCCACGCUCGAGCGCUCAGUACCACCACCAACACCACUACCCCCAGCUAGUGAUCCCCUCGUCCAGAGGAUGGAUCACCUCGAGACCUAUAUCGUGGGAGUAACUUCCCGAAUCAACCGGCAGACCGACCCACUCGAGCAGAUGGCUCGUCGUCGGGGUCUCAUUCUAGAUGAUGAGUUGGGGCCUUCGACCCAGUGAGAGAUAGCCGAUGAGGGAGACAUGUGGCAGAGCCGAUUCCUUUCGCCCCACUACUCCACUUGGAACUCUGAACUCUUUUGUUUUAUUUUUAUUUCUUUUAUUUUGUGUGUGUGAUCAUAAACUACUACUAUCGUAUUGUGAUGUGUAAUAACCUCGCCUUGAGCGAGUCGUAUUGUGGUUGUCUAUGUGUGUUUUUGUCUUCUCCUUGAAGCAUAAAUCUCCUACCCCGGGACCAAUUCCAACUUUCACUCACCAAGCAAAGCGGUAACAUCGUUCUACCCCUAUCUUACGCCAUUGAGGGCAAUGUCGAACUUAAGUGUGGGUGGGGGGGGGGGGCAAUGUGAGCUUAAUGGUGCUUGAUAGAACGACCCCCCAUUCUUUCUUUGUUUCUAUACGUGAGUCGUCCUUUUGUCCCGAAGCUCUCGCUUUUGAGCUCCAUUGAGGUUCUACAUACAAGGAUUGUGAGUGGUUCUUGCUAGGAAUGAAAGAGAAAAGAGUAGUUGGAGCGGGAUCUUAAUAAAGAGCAUUGGUCGUU